CACAGCAGACGCAAAUGGAGAGAGGGAGGAGAAUGGAUAAGGGAUAUACUUAACUAGAACCUCAAUUGUAGCAGCGAGGAUAAUAUAGAACACACAGUAGGCUACAGUAACAUCAAUAUGCUGGACUAGGCUAGAUAAGAGAAGAAUAGCCUAUGGAUUAAAUAGCCUACCAAAUUGGGUUGACCAAUUGUAUCACCAGCAAUCAGUCUUUCGACGCUGUGUCCAUACAUUGUUUUUAUUUUCAAGCAAUAAUUUUGGAAACAUUUUGCGCUACGACGACUCGUCGCAUCUCAGAUGCUGCUAUUUAAAUAUAGGCCAACGUAAAUGUUAUAGGAAUUUUUGGGCGUCACGAUCUGCAUCCACUCUUGUGACAAUGUCUUAACCGUGGCUAAACCGGUCGACAUACAUCAUUGUAGCGGUGUUAUCUGUGGCUUCCGUAGCUACGGUACUGCCUGGUUUGAGAACUCUUUCCAGCGAUGUUCUCACAAAUACAAGUUUCCUAAUAAUUGGACUGUUCUACCCAGACUAUAGCCACAAUUCUAAACCAAUAGAAAGUGAUUGGGGUUACCAGCAGAAGAGACCAAUAAGGCUUUCCUGCAGCACAGCACACAGUGAUCAUGUCUUCCAGGGAGCGUCGGUCAGACCUGUACAUCAAGGCAGAGCCCAGCAGUCCAGAGGGAGGUGGUGGAGGCCGGGCCAGCCCAGGGGGAGCCUCCUCGGACUCCUCCCAGAGUGGUGGAGGUGGAAAUAGAGGAGACGGGGUUGGGCGCUACUCACCCCCUCUGUACACCCCAGCCCUGCGCUGCCACUUCAAGGAGGAGGGUGGUGAUGGGGCGGAGGAGGGAUCCACAGGUAGCGGAGGAGGGCGGUGCAAGUAUGCCCUGAGCACACUACCCAAGAGACUGUGUUUAGUGUGUGGAGACGUAGCGUCUGGCUAUCACUACGGUGUAGCCUCAUGUGAAGCCUGCAAGGCCUUCUUCAAAAGAACCAUCCAGGGUAACAUUGAAUAUAGCUGUCCGGCGUCAAACGAAUGUGAGAUUACCAAGAGGCGCAGAAAGGCUUGCCAGGCGUGCCGCUUCACCAAGUGCCUCAAAGUGGGCAUGCUGAAAGAGGGAGUCCGUCUGGACCGGGUCAGAGGAGGGAGGCAGAAGUAUAAAAGGCGUCCAGAGGUGGAGAGUGCGACCUAUCAGAGUGCCCCUUUACCGCUUAGGAAGGAAGGGGAGAAAGGCUCCUCCAACAUCAUUGUGUCCCACCUCCUGGUGGCAGAGCCAGAGAAACUGUUUGCCAUGCCUGACCCCCUGCAGCCUGAUACGGCUCAGCGCACACUCACCACCCUCUGUGACCUCGCCGACCGCGAACUGGUCGUCAUCAUCGGCUGGGCCAAACACAUCCCCGGCUUCCUGUCGCUGUCCCUGGCAGACCAGAUGUCGGUGCUGCAGUCGGUGUGGUUGGAGGUGCUGGUGCUGGGUGUGGCCUUCCGCUCCCUGGGCUGUGAGGAUGAGGUAGUGUUCGCUGAGGACUUUGUCCUUGACGAGGAGAUGUCCCGCGUGGCUGGACUGACAGAGCUCAACGCAGCCAUCAGCCAGCUGGCCCGACGCUUCCGCUCCUUGCAGCUCGACCGGGAGGAGUUUGUCAUGCUCAAAGCCAUCGCACUCACCAACUCAGACUCUGUGUAUAUAGAGGACAUGGAGGCGGUGCAGAAGCUGAGGGACCUCCUCCACCAGACCCUGUUGGAGAUGGAGUGCCAGCGACGCCCCGAGGACCCCCAGCGGGCGGGGCGCCUCCUCCUCACCCUCCCCCUCCUCCGCCAGACGGCUGGUCGCGCCCUCACCACCUUCUAUAGCAUCAAGACCCGAGGCGGCGUGCCCAUGCACAAACUCUUCCUAGAGAUGCUGGAAGCCAUGAUGGACUCGCCCUAGAGAGAAGGGAGGAUGAGGAGAAGCCAAGGAGAGAGGAUGCAAGGGCACGAUGAGAGACAGGGAAUCUGCAAAGAGUGAAUGGCUGGCUGGUGUGAAUGGAGAGGUUUCUAUUAGAUUUUGAUAAGGAUGAAUGUGGAGAUUAUUACAGGAUUUUAAAAAAUCAUAGCCUCUUCAGAGAUUCAAAAGUGUGUUUUAAAAACAGAGAAAACCCAUAUACAUUUAGUAGAUGCCCUCUGUGGAGGUUGAUGGUGGAAUAUAACUCCUUAAUACAUGACUGCCAAACUUAGUUGAAAGACUCCAAGACUCGGUCAGUUCAAAUAUGGGAAUAAACUCAAUAAAAGACAUCUAAUCAAUCUGAAUGCCAGAAUCAUAUUAGAUGCCCACUAUCCCUAAUCUUCAGAUGAUAAACUACUGAAGGACUGCAGUGAGAUUUCUAAGACCAGACUGUAACCUUGUGGCUUAAACUUUAUUGCGAACAAUGCAAUAUAUCCCUCCACAAAAGCCAUAUGAAAAUACCAGACAAAGAAAUAGCCAUUGACAAAGACUGCAGUAUAGGGUCAGACCGACAUGCACCCAUAAGAGUAGUUGUAGGUUUGUCUACAUACACAGACACAGUCUUACAACGCAUUCAUAUGAAUUACUUGCAAUAUGUUUUAAAGCAAUACAAUACUUUACAUACAAUUAAUUAAUUGCAAGACAAAUAAUAGUUGUGACUCGUAUGGCAAUGACUGGCUAUAGGUAUAGGCCUGGGUGGUCAGGUUGGUGUGGAAAAACAGCUUUAUAAAAGGCUGUGCAAUUUAUUAUUAGUCCAAGAAAAGGGAAUAUUAUGAUUGUAAACAAAAUGUUGACGUGUCUCUGUACUUGGAAGUUGCUCGAUUUUUAUUUAUACUGUAAGUAGACUCAAUAGGUACACAAAAAACUGAAUUCUGCUCAAUUAGUUGUGUGAGUGUGUGCGAGACAGAAGGGAAGUAUUUCCUGCAGUGUUGGCACCGCACUGAAGCAAUGAAGGUGCAGCAAAAUCGGGGGGGGAAAGCGACAGUUCUACUUUUUUGGAUAAUUGAUUCUCUAGAUCUCUUCGCUAGUCCUCUCCAACCCCUAUGAUUCAGAUGGAAUGUGCUGCUUAAAACGGUUAAUUUGAUUAACUGAAUAUGCCAUUAUAUAUAUUAGUGAUCAAAUCGACUUGGGACUAAAAUGUGAAAUGUAAACUGUUAUAUUUUACAUGUUGUGCCAGCGGAACAGUUUGCUGCUGCUCUUGUAGCCGCUGAAAGACUGAAGAAAGGACCUCUGUUGUUUUGACCUGGGGGUCCUCAUACGGUGUACAAUCUUUGAACUGCAAGCAUAUUGGUGCCCAAAUGGGGCAUUGAGCAACAUGAAAUGCAACACAUUCAGCCUCAUAUGGGAAGCUACAGCCCAGUCUGACAGAGACCAUCCUUUUAAUCAUUUUCAUACCCACUGAGCACACACUGGUUGAAUCAAUGUUGUUUCCACGUCAUUUCAAUGAAACUACAUUGAACCAACGUGGAAUAGACGUUGAAUUGACGUCUGUGCCCAGUGGGUAGUUUCCAUUUGUUGUUUACUUAUUUCUCUGUUUUAUGGGCUUGAUUGGUGAUAUACAUUUGUCUAAUGAUAUAUGCAAUCAUGUCAAAUUCAGAGAGCCCUUACAGUGUCUGGAAAUUACUUUUUUUUGCUAACAAAUGGCAAAAUGUAAAGGGUCAGGUCAGUUUGUCAUUUGGCCACUUGCUGAUGAAGAAAUUAACACUAAAACAGUCAGGGCAGCAAAAUGCUCAUUCAGUCUACAUGUUGGGUGCUGUAUUACUAGAAAUAACUGAAAAACUUUAUGCUUGUGUGUUUUCACUGUUAAAGAAAACUUUAGAACAUGCCAAUGAGAGCUGAAGCCUGUAAAUGUGGGAGAUGUUCCCUGACAUGAAUGAUGGAAUAGAUUAGACUCAUUGCCAUUGUUAAUUGAAAUUAAUGCUUGAGUAUCUGGAUUUUCCACAUUACUUUUUUCUUUCUUGGAUUUUAAGGCUAUCUUGAGUUUAGAUCGUUACACUUGGCCUCAGGUUUGGUACUGAAAUAAAGCAAUCCAUUGAGAAUGUUGUAAUCAUGUUUUUCAAAUGGAUUGUAGUAUGGAUUUUUUUCUUCUGAUAAUGAAGAAAACUGUGUUAUAUAGGAAUUGUUACACCAUUAAUGAAUUAACACACUCUCCUCUAGGACCCCUCCUGUCAGAGAUGUUGCAGUCUGUAAACUCUCCCAAACAAAUGUUCUAGUUUAUAUAAUGUACCCAUUCAGUUCUGUUCUUCACGGCUGUGGAUGUUUGCGUUUGAUUUGUGACUAUUAUUUUAAUUCAGUGAUUUUUUUUAAAUUGAACAGUAGCACUAGGUGACAAUUGGUUCAACUCUGUCCUAUAUCUUGCAGUCUGAUUUGUGCUUUGUUCUAUCAUUAUUUUUUUAUUUUGUUUCUCAAAGACGACUUGGAAUUUUUGAAAAUGUGUACACAAACAUGGAUGCCUGGGUCCAGUUUAAGAAAGUUGUAAUAAAAAAAAAAGAUGUUUGUGUCAAUAACUAAUAUAAUAAUACAAAGGUAGUGUUUUCAUAAUGAUAGGCAUUAUAUAAUGCCACUUUGUCGGUCAUAUAUAGGUACGGUUCGCGGUGGGGGGGCAUUUAGAGUAUCACCAUUUAGAGGAUAUAAAAUCAUUGGUAGUUGUUAGUGUGUUUGUACAUUUGAUGUAAAAUGAGCAAUACAAGAAAUUACCAAAACUCUGUUUCACAUUUCCUUGUAUAGUCACAAUGUAAAUUAAACAGUAAUAAUAAUGACAAUUAAUAGUAGUAUUAAAGCUUAUAACAUGGAAAAGUUCAAAUCAAUAUUUGUAUUUUAAAAAAAUACUGUAUUUAAAAGAUUAAAUUAUAUUUUUUACUCAAUUUGCUGAUGUUUGUUGAUACUCGUUUUAUUUUUCGUGUGGGUUUAAGUCUAAUGGCUGUGAAUGUCUGUGUGUGUGUGUGUGUGUGUACUGUUUUUCAGUAAGCUACAAUGGUUAUAUUGAUGUGACUGUCUAAACAAAAUGUUCAUAAUUAAAUCACUGUGAAGAAAAUACAAAUUCUGCACUGCAGUAAACAAGGGGUAGAUUAAAAUAUUGUAGGUGCUUUGUGUUUUGUAAUAAAUUAACACACACCAUCACAUAUCA